AUGGCGCGGGGCGUAGCGGCGCGGGCGGAGAGAGAGUCCUUAAGAAACGACGUUCAACACGCGAACUGGGAAACUAUCUCGGGGAGAGACGACGCCACGCACCCGGGGGGGGGCUGGCGGUACGGCGGAUUCGAGGCUCUGUUCUCCGCGGCGGUGGGGAGCCGCGAGAGCGCCGCAUACGCGGCGUCGGACGUGGGGAUAUCGGAUAUCCCGUCCGCAUCCGCGUCCGGGGCCGUCGCGUCCGCUUCAUCGCGCGUAAUCAUCGGCGCUCGUCGUCGACGAAUGAAAUGUAGUAGUAGUAGUAGUAGUAGUAGUAGUAGUAGUAGUAGUAGUAGUAGUAGUAGUAGUAGUAGUAGUAGAGUAUUACAGAAUUACAAAAUUACAAGGUCUCGGAAGCCCUCGUCAAAAUAA